CUGACAUACACUUCAGUCAUCUCUUCGCCGCCGCCGCCGCAACCCCCCGACCGCGGCCGCCGGAUUAGUUGCCGCCGCUUAAUUGUUUACGGCAUUGCAACGCCGUUGUCUUUUCCGGGACCGACCCUUUCGAAGUUCUUUAUCUUUCACAUUGAAAUAAGAUUCAUCCUGCUCAGUUAUCACACGGGAUUUUUAUUUACCAAGCUGAAUUUAGAGUUUAUUGAUAAUGACGGAGAUCGAGAUUGCUGGAGAUGAUAAUCAGGGUUUGAAUGGCCCCCCCAAGUCGCACUGGAAGUCACCGCAAGCUCCUGGUGAUAUUUCGUCUCCUGUAGGUGCAGCGGAUUCUGAUUCCUGGCCCGCGCUUUCGGAUGCUCAGCAGCGGCGCAAGAGUAAUAACUCUGGUUCUAGUUCCUCUAAGUCUUUGCCUCCGCCCACCCAAAGAAAGACAGUCGACUCUUCUCAACCUUCACCUCCUGUUGUGGGCUCUGUAGAGAACAGGAAGUUUCAGGGGCAUGCCAAUACUAAACAUUUGCAGAGGCCCAUGUCUGCACGUCAGCCAAAAACGGGUCCAAGGCACAGGCCAAAUGGUGCACCUCCAUUUCCGGUGCCCAUGGCAUAUCAUCAACCUGGAUUUCCUGUUUACCCUCCAAUGAUACCUGUUCCACACUUUCAAGUCCCCGGAUACCCCUACCAGCGUCCCCGAGGCACUUUUCCUGGUACUCAAGGUCAUAUGGUUAACUCAGGUCCCAAUAUAGCAACUAAACCUUUUCUUCCACCAGAAAAAGGCAGUGUUGAGCCAUCGUUACAAGGCGAUCACAAUCCCCAUGGUUCCAAAUCAUUCUUGGGAAGGACAAAUAAGCAUGAACACAACUUGCAGUCCAAGUCAGCAUUCCCUAUUCCGCCUUCAAUUGGUUCCAAAGAUAACAUUCAGCUACAACCAACCAUGGGACAAAGGCCAUUCUUACGACCACCAUUUUAUGGUCCAGCUCCUUCCUUUGUUGAUGGAUCAAACUUUCUUGGACCUCCAGGACCUAUAUACUAUCUCCACCAUCCGCCUUCCUUUGGUGUUGUCAGAGCGCCUUACCCACCUCACUUACUCCCGCCUCCAAUGCCUGGAACUCAAAUGCCAUCCUCACCAAUACUAACUCUGAGAGCUAGCAUAAUGAAGCAAAUUGAGUAUUAUUUCAGUGAUGAGAAUUUGCAGAGUGACCACUACUUACUUUCUUUGAUGGACAACCACGGCUGGGUUCCAAUUUCUAUUAUUGCUGGAUUUAAAAGAGUUAAAAGCAUGAGUACAGAUAUACCAUUUAUCCUGGAUUCCUUGCAGGCUUCAACUACAAUUGAAGUUCAGGGUGACAAGGUUAGGAGGCGUGAUGAAUGGUUCAAAUAUGUUCGAACUGUUCCCGAUCAAAAGCCAUCCGUUCCAUUUUUGACUCCCCAGGUGCAGUCUGGUGAACAAGUUGUGCAUGAUUUGAAGAACAAGGAGCCCAAUGAAGAAACAGUGGACAGCCUUGGUACGAAAACUUCACCAACACAUGGAAUGCCACUUGAACCACCAUUAGUAGUUGUUGGAACACAAAAAGCUCUUGAUCUAGUAUCUAAUGUACAAGGUGGUGAUGUGACUUCACAAUCUAGUAGAAAUGAUAAAAUUGAUUCUAAUGAUGAGUCUACUGGACCAUCCUCUAUAGAAGAAAAUGCUGACACAGAUGGUGUAAAAAGUCAACAAAGCCAGGGGUAUUCAGACUAUGCUGUAAAGAACAUUGAUGACUUAUCUAAUGAUUUCUCAAGCACAUUCAUGCUCGACGAAGAACUAGAAUUUGAGCAUAAAGCAGAAGUAAAAGAUGAUGUACCUUUAACAGGAAGAGUUGAUGAUGAUGAUGAUGAUGAGAUGGCUAUGAAUGAUGAGGAAAAUAUCGAAAAGCUUGUUAUUGUUACCAGGAAUUCCCAAAUUCACGGAGAGUUCAAUACCAUUGGGACAAAAUCAAAUCCGAUAUCUCAUGAGCUUGCUUCUGCAAUAAAUGAUGGCCUCUACUUCUAUGAGCAGGAGCUCAAAGCUCAGCGGUCAAAUUGCAGAUCUUUGAACUCGAAUAAUGAAGGUAGAGAUGAGAGUAGUAAUUCAUCUGGUACUACAGCUUCUUUGAUGAAAUCAAAGACUGGUGAUCAUUCUUUUGAAAGCAAUGGCUAUGAAGGCCAUGAGAGCUCAGGUUCUCGAAGGAGACAGUCCAAAGGAUCCUCCAAACAGAACUCAAUAUAUAAACAGAGGCUUUUUACUGGCAACUUGAGAAAUCAUGGGACUCAUCGAAGUGGCCUUGGAGUAGUCUCUGAAAGUCCACCCUGUGAUUCUGUCGGCUUUUUCUUUGGUUCUACGCCUCCUGACAGUCAUGGGCCAAGGCAUUCGAAGUUGAGCGCAUCUCCUCGAGGCAAUGUUUCAGGCAGCAGUCCUCCUGUUGGUUCCAUGCCAAAGCCAUUUCCACCUUUCCAGCACCCAAGUCAUAAACUUCUACAGGAAAAUGGUUUCACACAGCAGCUGUACAAGAAGUAUCAUAAGCGCUGUCUUGGUGAGCGCAAGAAACUUGGAAUUGGAUGCAGUGAGGAAAUGAAUACAUUAUACAGGUUUUGGUCAUAUUUCCUAAGGAAUAUGUUUGUACGUUCUAUGUAUAAUGAAUUUCGGAAGUUGGCACAAGAAGAUGCUGCUGUUAAUUACAACUAUGGAAUGGAGUGUCUUUUUAGGUUCUAUAGUUAUGGCUUGGAAAAGGACUUCAGGGAGGAUGUUUAUGAGGACUUCGAAAAGCUGUCCCUCGACUUCUACAAUAGAGGCAACCUCUACGGCCUUGAAAAAUAUUGGGCAUUCCACCAUUAUCGUGAAGCACGAGGUCAGAAAGCUGGACCGCUGAAGAAAAAUCCAGAAUUGGAUAGAUUGUUGAGAGAAGAAUAUCGUAGUCUAGACGAUUUCAAGCAUGCCAAAGAGAAGAAUGGCGCCACAUUAGAGUAAGCACAAAAAGAAAGCAUUUCUUAGCUGUAGGACUGACCAAUGGCCAAAACUAAGAAAAGGUGGUGGGUAAUGCUACUAACAGUUUAUGCAAGCGAGCAAAAGCUGCCAGCAUUGCUGAUUUUUGUACAUAUAGUGUAUUUUUGGGUUUGAAUCACCCUCUGCGGUUUUUUAGGGCAACACACGAAAGAGUUUUGUAUUCAGAAGAGGCUUUGGUUGCAUGUUGGUGUGCCCCUUCAUGGUUUUUCCUCCAUAACUUCUCAGCCAACUCUAGAUUAGAGGCACCCAUUUCCUCUCUUCUUUUUCCCAGCAUGUAUAUAGCAAAUAAUCCAGAAGAAAAAAAAGUCUGACUUAUGGUGUUUUUUUUG